CCACUCCACACCCUGGAGAAUUAAAGAACAUGAAAAAGACAGUGGAGAAUUUACGGAAUGAUAUGAAUGCUGCUAAAGGACUGGAUUCAAACAAAAACGAGUGGCCCAAUGCUGAUUUCAAGGUCUUAUUAAAUCUAUGGGUUCUGGUUUGUUUAUAAAGGACUCUAUUAAGUGGCUUCCCAAGUCUCCUAAACUGUACAGUGGCCAUAACUGGAACUCCCAGGGCUCUCGCUGGGCCUUGUUGAAAGGAAAGGAAAGUAUUCAUGGUGAUAACCUGUACAAAUUCAGCUCUGCUAAUGGAAAAUGGAGGGAAGGAAGGAUCAGUCCUGAGCAAGAAGCAGAAGAACUGGAGGAUCCUGAUGAUGAGCCUAUUUCCAAGUUUUCCGGCAGCCUUUUUGAUACCGAUGAUAGUAUGAGAGAUCAAAGAAACACCAGAACAGCUCUUCAAGAAAAGCACAAGUCAGCAAUGAAGGGGAAGACGCUUCCAGGGACUAACACUAAGGUGCAGCCACCUGUCUUGGCGGUGGGCAGCUUCCCUGGCGAGAGCAGCCGGAUCCUGGAGGAAUCGAGGAUGAUGGAUGUGCCGCAGCCCCCGCUGAAGAUAACCAUUACUGUGUGCAGUCAAAUGGGGAGUCUUGGUAUUAGCAUUGCUGGUGGAAAGGGCUCAUCUCCAUGUAAAGACAAUGAUGAGGGGAUCAUGACCGCACAGCUGCCUAAAGAUGGUCCAGCAGACUUGGCUGGGAUACAAGCAGGAGACAGAGUGGCAGAGGUAUCCCUCGUUUCAGAACCCAAUGCCCUUGAUGCUGGUCCUGCAGAAGUUUCAUCCAAGGGCAGCCCCUUCCCAACAGUAAACCACGUCAUAAAAAUACCUCGGAUAAUCCUCACACGCCCUUCCACUUCCGAUGAAGAUACUGACCAGUUGCCCCCCGACCCAGAUGACUUUGAGCCCGAGGAGCCUGACAGCGCAGAAGGCCAUUCCUAUUCGGACUGUCUGAACAGUGCUUUUUAUCCUCCCUAAUAAAGUACUUUUCUGGAAAGAGUUCAUGGGUGGUUUUCUUUCCCAUUGUUCAAUUACUUUUAAUGUAGUACUUGAACCGCUAUGCCUUAUUUGUAGGAAAAACCAUUACGUGGAGGAUGGAUUUGAGCUGGGGGAGAAGAACCUGUUUGUAUUUCUUUGCCUUGAACUUUCCUUCGGCCAGAACUUGUGCACUUGUAACAAAAUGUGCUGGGUGAGGUUAUGUGAAUGUCACUGUGUGCUUCAAUAGCCACUUGUAAGGGUGUCCUACAGCACCUAAAUGCAAUGCUGGAAAGAGCAGCUGAUUUUUAUUCAGAAGGUACUUUACCCAUUUGGAAACACUGAAAACAUUUGUAUAGUUAGGGUUUUUUUAAAAAAUCUUGAGUCCAUGUUUUGUCUGUAUUGCUCACCCUUUUGUCUACCCCCAGGUUCCUUUGAAUUGUUCCUUUUAACGUUGUUUUCUAUGAGAAUAAAAAAUCCUUUCUGUCUUUUAAAUAGUGUUGUUUUUUUUUCCCCACAGAGAAAUGUUAUUUCCAUUGGAAUUCUGUAUCCUAGCGUAAGAAAGAAUAGUUUCUUCAGGCUUAUCAGUAAUGCAAACAUAGAUUUGAACAGGACCUGUAAGUUACAUUUUAUUAGACCUAAAUGCAGGAGUCAUCUUAUGCAGCUAUCCACCUGAGAGUGA